AUGGGGUCUGUGCCUCACCUGGCUGGCUUCAGCGAGGCAGAGUCCAUGGGGACAGGGCAGCUCAGAGGACCCAGCCCACCGGCUGCAGCCCAGUGCCUGGCCAUGACCGUCACCUACUCAAGCCAAGUGGCCACUGCCCGUUUAGGCUUCAUGACCCCCGCGGAACACAAGUACUUAGGAAAAUUGAGCUUGCCACACAACAUCUGGGUGCCCUGGGUGUGGUUUGCCAACCUGCCAAUGAAGGCCUGGAUUGGAGGUGGAAUCUGGGACCCUGUCCCGCUCCAGAGCCUGCUGACUGAGAUGAACACCUUGCAUACACCUCCUGGUGUACGAUGACUUUAUGCGUACGACUGGCUCAGUCUCUCGCUGGUGUACACACAGCUGAGGACUAGGCCAGUGUUGACCGUGGCGGUAGGCAGCUUCUUCCUGGCUCGCCUAAUUGGGCAGCAGUUUCUGAACCCAGCCAAGGCCUACCCUGGCCGUGAGUUGGAGCUCGCUGUCCCCGUCUUCACAUUCCUGCAAAUCUUCUUCUAUGCAGGUUGGCUCAUCGACUCUGAGCUAUUGGUGGCAGAGCAGCUCACCAAUCCAUUUGGAGACGAAGAUGAUGACUUUGAGACCAGCCGGCUUGUCGACAGGAGUUUGCAGGUGUCCCUGUUGGCUGUGGAUGAGAUGCCGGACCUGCUCCCGAAGGAGCAGGUCGUGUACUGGAAUGAUGACGUACUAACCCCCUACACAGCCGCGUCCGCCCAGUCUCUUCAUCCUUCCUUUUUUGGCGCUACCUUCAAUAUCAGUCUGCCUAAGGAAGGGAUGGAGAUCCAGCCAAACCAGGAGGAAGAGGACACUCCCACUGGCGUCAUCGGCCGCUUUCUGGGGCUGUGGUCCCAUGACCACCCCCACAGGGCAAGCUCAAAGACCAAACUACUUUUGCCCAAGAAAGAAGUCCUUCUCCAUGAGGGCCAGUCCGAGAGCCUCCCGGGAGCCAGAAAGAGCUCUAGGGACCAGCAAGACAGCAAGGCCUGGCCGAUGAGUGGGGAGGACGCCGUCACGUCCGAUGCACCGUAUGGGAGGUCAGGCCACCACAGUGCCCCACAGACACCCCUCAGCCCCCCCCAGUGGUCUUCCCACCCAGUCAGCACCCUCGUCUUCAGACUCUCAGGUGUAGACAACACUGUCCAAGACCAAAGCCUACAGCCUGUGAUUCCUGGGACCGGGACUUGA